UAAAUGUUGUAAUUUUCUCUACUCCCUAGACGAGCCGAUAUGAAAAUGUGGUGGUUCAGUGGCUCGCUGUAAAAUGCUGUUUAUGCAAUGCGUUGUCAGCCCCAAGGAAUUUAGUAAUACGCAAUGCAUGUGGACCAAAAGCCCGUCCAGCAUAUGAAAACCAAAGAACGAAGAUUAAAACGACAUCAGAACUAAUCUGCAACCGGUUAACGCUAAGCAUAAUAAAGAAUGAUUGAUUGGAACAAUUAGUAACGAAAGCCCUUGACUUUUUAAAGCAUGCUGUUUAUAAAUGCGUAAAAUCAAGGGCCAGUUUACAUAUGCAUAAUCAUGAAAUCUAUCAUAGCAAUUGGGUACACCAAGAACGUCUAAACAUAUAAAUUCUUGUUGCACUUCGUGAUCAAAUAAAUAGUUAUGAGGCUACAAUUUCCAAAUCAAUUUGGGUAAACGCCGAACAUGACUUAUAGUUCUUAUAGUUUUCCUCUCUUCUAUUCUUCAAGCCUGCGUGUUGGGGCGCACACACUUGACUCUUUGUUUUCUCCCUCCCUCCCUCGCCUUUGAGCGCAUCUUGCAUUGCAGCGUUUAACACUCCGUGAUCUGAGGUCUGCCCCAGAAAGGGUGCGCUCACCCGCAGGCGCCGCCAUGCAUUACAGAGGAGUGCGCGUUUUGCUCUGUCUUCUGUUUCUUGCCCAUCACUCCUUCCAGGAGACCCCUUCCAAGAAAAAGAGCGGAAAGAAAGGCGGGAACACGGCUGCCAUUGAGGAGCUGAAGAAGCAGGUGGAGGACAUCAUGCAGGACGUGCGGCUGCUGAAGGAACAGCAGGCCCUGCAGAGGGUUUGCCUGAAGGGAACCAAAAUCGACGACAAAUGCUUCCUAGCAGUGAGCACGAAGAAGAGCUACCAUGUGGCCAACGAGGACUGCAUGGCCAUGGGGGGCACCCUCAGCACCCCCGUGACGGGCGACGAGAAUGACCAGCUAUACGAGUAUGUGCGACGUCGCAUGGGACCUGAGGUGCAGGUGUGGCUGGGCAUCAAUGACAUGGUCUCCGAGGGCCACUGGGUGGACAUGUCGGGCUCCAGCGUGCGCUACAAGAACUGGGAGACGGAGAUCACCCGGCAGCCGGACGGCGGCCGCACGCACAACUGCGCCGUGCUCUCCACCACGGCCAACGGCAAGUGGUUCGACGAGAGCUGCAAGGUGGAGAAGGCCUUCGUCUGCGAGUUCAAUAUCGUUUGAGCCGCCGGCGUGCUCCUCUCACCCUAUUGGUGCAUGUGACCCAAAUAUCUUGUUUGAUUGGAGGAUUGAGAUCGCCUAAAAACAUACAUUUCAUCACUCUAGUUUUUACUAUUCAUUUAAUCAUAGGAGUAUGUAAAAAUAAGAUUCUCUUCUAGAAAUCAGGCAGCUCUCCUACUCAACCAGAUAAUAAGCAUGUUACGAUUCUUUCGCAAUACCAGACUCCAUCGUCAUGGUGCUCAAUGAAAACGAAUGAAAUUCGUUCAAUUACAUUUUUCCCAAACCACCUUAAAUCUGACAAGUUACCCCGAUAAGCCAGUAACCCCGCUUCGUAGUACAGGCCACAAGUCAUUAAAGAAAUUUUUUUGGAUCGUUAUAUAAUCGUACAGUGGAAAAUAUGAUCAAUAAUAAUUAAUUUACUUAAAGUGAUUUGCCUCAUGUCACUUUACUUAAAUCACUUAAGUAACACUUGACCUGUAACUUUUGUGGUAACAUCUGCUAACUCAAAUUGUGAGAGUGAGAAAGUGAGAGGUUAAUUCACAGAAAUCAUUUUAAUCAGUCCUACAUUCUUGGCUUUUGUGCAAUGAUUUAUUUAUAUAUCUGUUACUUUGUUAAAGCAGUUAUUUUCCAACGAUUAUUUCAGAUAGCUGGCUUUUGCAUUGUUUUAAUCAAGAAGUCUAAACUGAUAUAACCAAAGAAAAGUACUCUAAAAAAUAUUUCAAUAAAACGCUAAAAAAAAAA